AUGAAUAAUGAUAAUGAAAAUGCAUCUGCCGCAGGAAAUACAAACAAUGGAACUGUUUCUGCAGUAACAAUAAAAUUGCCUGCAUUUUGGCGAGCUAAUCCAGAACUUUGGUUUAUACAAUUAGACUCGCAAUUUAAGCUCGCGAAUAUAACUGCGGAAUCUACAAAAUUUCACCAUGUUGUGUCAGCGCUACAACCAGAAGAAUUGGCGGUGGUUGGCGACAUAAUUUUGCAGCCACCAAGCAGUUCUCCAUAUACUGCAUUGAAAACUAGACUCUGCCAACAAUAUGCAGAAAGUGAAACGGAACGUUUUAAAAGUUUAAUCUCCGGUAUGCAGUUGGGUGAUAAAAAGCCUUCACGAUUGUUACUAGAAAUGCGAAGCAAAUCCCCUAGUCAUAUAAGUGAAGAAUUGCUAAAAACUUUAUUUUUACAAAGACUUCCAGUAAAUGCACAGCAAAUUUUAGCUAUUUCCAGUGAUGAUUUGGACAAACUUGCAAUGAUGGCUGAUGGAAUUAUUGCAACUGAUAAUAACUGUACGAAGAUUACAGCUGUUUCAUCCGAUCAGCAGUCAGUUCAAGACAUGUUGCAUGACAUUUCUUCCCGUCUUAGCCGAUUAGAAAUGAGUUCUCGCUCUCGUGAUAAAAGCCCUCAUUUUAAUCCAAAAAGAAGACGUUCCCAAAGUCGUAAUAGAAAACACUUUAAUGGCCUGUGUUGGUACCAUUAUCGUUUUCAAGAUAAAGCAAAUAAAUGCAUAAUGCCCUGUACUUAUUCCUCGGAAAACUAA